CGCAGGUCCGUGCGUUUGCAGCAGGCCCUUCUCCUGGAAUAGUGCACCGGAGUGGGGGAGGACGUGCUGGCAUUCAUCGCUCAGUUUCUGGUUCACUAGGCUUGCAGACGCGAACCGCUUCCGUGCCCAGCGAUAUGCACCUAACUACCAUCUACGAAGGAACUGGUGGCGUUGUCGAGCAGCAACAUAGUGUUCACGCGGGAGACCCGCUUGCGCGGGGGUCUUUGGGCUCUGGUGGUUUGCGAUCCGCGAGUGGGCGACUUCACUCUUCCGCAAACGACUUGCCACAGCGAGCAGCUGCUUCGGAACAAUCUUUCUCCGUGUCCGCACCAGAAGAAGAUGGCCUUUGCCUCAGUAGCCCUGCUUCGCCAAGCGCAGGGGCAUUCGUCGGGA